AUGACGCCGACACAGCACCACCGUGUGCAUGACAUCCAUGCCGUACGCAUGAUGCCUGUGCAGUACCACUGUGUGCAAGACGCCUGUGCCAUGUUUGGCGAGAAGGAGGCAUACAUGGGGUUCAUGAACGAAUUCCUGGAGCACAACUGGAGCCGCAUGAAGUCGUUCCUGCAGAGUGUGGCCAACCCUGACAGUAGUGCCCACCUGGUGGCUUAUGAUGGCUAUGUGGACCUGGCACUGGAGCUCUCCACCCUGCACACACUGCUCUGCGACAUAUUCACUGGCCUGGACCAGCGAACGAGGGAGCAGUUAGAGCCCCUGCCGACCAUCCUCAAUGCCAUCAAAGAGGGGAUGCCAGUGCCUGUCUCCAUCAAACUUGGCCCCGGCAUGGACAG